CACCGGCCUGUCCGGACCCCACAGUCGGCCAAACUCGCGUUCGUAUACGUAUGGGCUCUGUGAGGUUUUACUCUGUUUUUUUCUUCCCUUUGCCAUGAUCAAGAAAGCGAAUAAUCUAAUGAUGUCCCGCAACAAGACGAACCGGAAGUCCAAGUUUGGCAACAGCAAACAGGAUGUUAGCGACAGAGAGAGUAAUGGUUCUGAGAGCGACUUUGAUGAAGAUGACGACCCAGAUAAAAUAGAAGUUCCAGGUGGCGGUAAGGAUCUCGCCACAGCAUUUGCUAUAAAUGCCCAAGAGGACAGGCCACAAAUUAAACUGGAAAAUGAUGAAAUUGAUUUUAAAAAUAAUGCCAAAUUAGGUAUGAAUUCGAACAUAAAUCAAGGGAAUAAAGCUAAAUUACCCAGUGGCCUAAUAAUGAAAGAUAUAUCGCCUGGAUUUGAAAUAGUGCGAUCAGAGCCACCUUAUUUAACAGGGUCCCUACAGCCUAGUGCAGCCAUGUUAGGUUCAUUAGGUUUCCCAACAACGCAGAUGGGUGCCUACCAUCCUUCAAUGAGUAAUAAUGCACAAUUAAUGCAGCAGAGUUUAGAUCUGGCCAAGUUAGGUCUGCCAGCUAAUGAUCCUCUUCUCUAUGGUAACAUCACAGGUUUAAAUCUUAAUCAAAUGCUCAUGUCAGGCAAUGGGUCAUUUUUAAAUCAUUUCCUUGGACCAAAAAGUACUUUUCUCGGACAGCAUAAUUGGUUUAAUGCUUUUUCCAACAAGGCCUUCCCACAAAAUUGGUUGAACGCCGAUAACAAAAUUCCACAGCCGAACCAAGAAGAAGAGGAGAAUGACGACGAAGAUAUGGGUGUGGCAGAAACGUAUGCAGAUUAUAUGCCGUCUAAAUUAAAACUUGGCAAAAAGCAUCCUGACCCUGUUGUCGAAACAGCAUCGCUUUCAAGUGUUGAACCGACAGAUGUGUGGUACCAAUUGACAAUACCUGAGGCGACGAUUUCGACAGGAGCUUUGUCAGCUUUACAGCUUGAAGCAAUUACGUAUGCAUCACAGCAGCAUGAACGUUUUUUACCUGAUGGAACAAGAGCUGGAUUUUUAAUAGGCGAUGGUGCUGGUGUCGGUAAAGGUAGAACUAUUGCUGGAAUGAUAUUUGAAAAUUAUUUAAAAGGGAGGAAAAGGGCGAUUUGGGUAUCUGUUUCAAACGAUUUGAAAUAUGAUGCUGAAAGAGAUUUAAAAGACAUUGGAGCUUUUAAAAUUGAUGUCUACUCACUGAAUAAGUUGAAAUAUGCUAAAAUAUCAUCAGCAGUGAAUGGUAAUGUCAAAAAAGGCGUGAUUUUCUCCACAUACUCCGCCUUGAUUGGAGAAUCGUCGCAAUCCAGCGGAAAAUACAAAUCCCGUCUGAAACAGUUAGUCCAGUGGUGCGGUGACGACUUUGAUGGACUCAUUAUAUUUGAUGAAUGUCAUAGGGCUAAAAAUCUCUGUCCGGUUGGAUCGUCAAAGCCAACAAAGACGGGUUUGACUGUUUUAGACCUGCAAAACAAGCUACCAAAAGCGAGAGUUGUUUAUGCUUCUGCUACAGGCGCUUCUGAGCCAAGAAACAUGGCUUAUAUGACACGUUUAGGAAUGUGGGGUGAAGGGACUCCUUUCCCUGAUUUCAAUGACUUCAUUUCCGCAGUGGAAAAGAGGGGCGUAGGAGCUAUGGAAAUAGUAGCUAUGGAUAUGAAAUUACGAGGAAUGUAUAUCGCCAGGCAGCUCAGCUUUCACGGUGUUGCAUUUAAAAUCGAAGAAGUGACUUUAAGUCCUGAUUUUAUUAAAGUUUACAAUGAUUCUGUUGAGCUGUGGGUAGAUGCGAUGCGCAAGUUUCAAGAAGGAGCCAGCCUGAUCGAAGCGGAGAACAGAAUGAAGAAAACCAUGUGGGGACAGUUCUGGUCGUCGCAUCAGCGGUUCUUUAAAUACCUGUGCAUAGCGGCUAAAGUGAAAUACGCCGUCGGCAUUGCCCGGGAAGCUGUGAAGUGUGGAAAAUGUGUUGUAAUUGGUUUACAGUCAACUGGAGAGGCUAGGACAUUAGAACAGCUGGAAAGAGAUGACGGAGAACUUACUGACUUUGUAUCAACUGCUAAGGGGGUGUUGCAAACUUUGGUUGAGAAACACUUUCCAGCACCUGAUCGAAAUAGAAUCAACCAUUUGAUGGGCUUAGAUAAGAGAAAAGCGUAUGGAUUUUCAAAUAAUAACAACAACGUAUCAUCCGAACCUGGAUCGUCCAGUGGAAAGCGGAAGCCAGUGCGACAAGCCGCAGCAAGGGCUGUUAAACGAGUAAGAGCCGACUCGUCUGCUAGUGACAGUGAAGCUGGAUCAAGUUCUGGUUCUGAAUUUAAGUUACCUAUGUCCGAUUCAGCUGAAAGUGAAUUUCAUUCGGAAGAGAGUAACACUAGCAGUGAUUUUAAUCCUUUUGAUGAUGACAGCGAUGGAGAAGAAACGUGGUUAUCCCGAAAGAAAAAAGGUAAAUCCUCCAAGCCUCCGACUAAAAAGCAAACUACACAGGACAAGAUUGAUUCAUUGAUAUUAAAACACCACAGAGGCAAAACAGCGACGAACGAUAUUAUCGGCGUACCGAGUAAAAUGGCAAUUGAAAGGGCUUGCAGUUUGAAAGAAGAGUUGCUAUCAAAAAUUGAAGAACUCGGCGACCAUCUCCCUCCAAACACAUUAGAUCAACUAAUUGAUGAAUUAGGUGGACCAGAAAAUGUUGCCGAAAUGACAGGAAGGAAAGGAAGAGUCGUCCAGACCGAAGAUGGUAUACAGUACGAAUCGAGAUCCGAAGUCGACGUACCUUUGGAAACGUUGAACUUGACUGAAAAACAACGAUUUAUGGAUGGUCUAAAAGAUGUUGCCAUAAUUUCCGAGGCGGCAAGUUCAGGUAUAUCGCUGCAAAGUGAUAGACGAGCUAAAAAUCAGAGAAGGAGGGUUCAUAUUACCUUGGAGUUACCUUGGAGUGCAGAUAGAGCCAUACAACAAUUUGGUCGAACCCACCGAAGUAAUCAAGUAAAUGCUCCAGAGUAUAUUUUCUUAAUUUCUGAUUUGGCUGGAGAAAGAAGGUUCGCUUCAAUUGUCGCAAAACGGCUAGAAAGUUUAGGAGCUUUGACUCACGGUGAUCGUCGUGCCACAGAAACUCGAGAUUUGUCAAGAUUUAAUAUUGAUAAUAAAUACGGAAGAUCUGCUUUGGAAGCGACUAUGAGAACUAUAAUGGGUUACGAUACUCCAUUAGUCCCUCCACCUUCUGAUUAUCAAGGAGAUUUUAUGAAGGACGUCGCAACUGCUUUGGUCGGAGUCGGUUUGAUUGUAAAUAAUGAGACGAACCCGGGGACUCUGAUUCUAGAUAAGGACCACAAUAACAUGAGCAAAUUUUUAAAUAGAAUUUUAGGAAUGCCCGUCGAAUUGCAAAAUAGACUGUUUAAGUAUUUUACUGACACGCUGCAGGCAAUAAUAAUGCAAGCCAAGAAAACCGGGCGAUUCGACUUAGGAAUUCUAGAUUUGGGUACGGCCGGAGAAAAUGUCAAGAGGGUCCGUGUAUAUAAAUAUUUGCGGAAACAUGCGACUGGUGUUGCAACUACAGAACUUCAUGUAGUACAUGUAGAACGAGGUAUGAGCUUUGAUGAAGCCCGUGAGAGGUGGACUCUUCUUUUCGGACCAAAAGAUGGGUUCUAUUUGUCCCAUCAGGUCCGUAAUGGUAAACAAACUGCCAUAUUAGCCGAAGCUCUCGAAAGCAGUAGAAGCGGUAAACCGGUGAAAAAGGGGGAAGCUAAAAAGGAUCAAUUGUACACCGUGUAUAGACCUAACACUGGGCUUCAACUCCGACAAGAAACACUAGGAGAGUUGGAGAAAAAGUACAAACUUGUGACUAAAGAGGAAGCAGAAAGUCAUUGGAAUGAACAGUACGAUUCAUCCAAUACAGUUUGUUCUCAUGCGUAUUGGAGAGGAAAUUGUAAGAGUGUAACUUUAGGACUUGACUGUGAAGUUGGGCUUAGGCGAAGGACAUAUAAUGUUCUUUCGGGUUCCAUUUUGAGUGUUUGGACAAGAAUAGAAUCUGUUUUAGCAGCAAAAACAGGUCAUAAUACCAAAAUGCAAGUCAUUCGACUGAGAACUGCAGAAGGCGUUAAAAUUGUUGGCACUUUAAUUCCAAAAAGCUGCGUUGAAACAUUGCAAGAAGCUUUGGCUAGCGACGCUGAAAAAGUGAGCGAAGAAGUAUUUUAAAAAUACUUCGCCUUCAAUGCAGAAAGUGUUUCACAGCGCCACUUAAAAAAAAAUAAAAAAAUAAAUAAAAUAAAAAAAAGUCAACACUAAAACCGUUCUAUCCAUAGAAUCUGGUAGAACUUAUCGGCUGUACCGCAUUUUGUUAGUUUUACGUUCAGUUCAUGCGGUCGGAUUCAUGCCCUGUAUGAACGCACAAAUGCAUUGUUAUGUUCCUAAUAUAUUCUAGGUUGUAAUUAUUAAAAAAAUAUAUGAUAAAUAAAAAAUUAAAAUGAAAUUUGUUUAAAGUACAAAACUUAAACAAUGGGGAUCGGUAGCUUUUCCGUUAUAAUUAAAUUAAUUCGAUACAAAAUUCAUUUGUGAAAAAAUAAACUUGUUUUUUAUUACAUUUUAAUUUUUUAUGUAAUAAUUAAGGUUAAUAACUCGAUUGACUUCGUUUUGCCACUUAGUAAACCACUUGUUUUUACUUUGAUGUAGCUCUCAAUUUGCUGUACCCAUUUAACAAUGUUUUUAUCAAUAAAAGUUGACACAAUCAUAUGCUAGUCAUGUAUUUCUAAUUAAAUGGGAACAUUUAAGGAAAGUUAGAAUUUUUUCUUACAAUUCAUAUUAUAAACACCUCGUGGUGCUCGUGCGUGUUAAUACACCCGAUUGAAAGUGGUUUAAGGUUUUUUAUUCUUUUUUUCUUCUUUUUUUUAAUCAAAUUUCAAUGGCCUUCUUGAAAAACGCAUAAAAAACAUGGCCAAAACUAGAAAGUUUAUCCAAUGGGUUUUUGACAUAUCUUAGUUUUUUAGACCAUUUUAAUAAUUUAUGCCUUAUAAAAAAAUAUUAAAAAAUUCUUGGGUCUGUAUGUUUUUUUUGUAAAUGGUCAGACUACCAUUAGUAGCGACUCUCAGAGCUAAAGCCGAGUCAAUUCUUCCUAUUAAACAGGUAAACUCAUAUUUUUCUAUAUUGCUAGCGUUUAAGAACAAAUAUAUUUGGUUUGGUGUGCACAGUAUUUUUGUGUAUAUAAACUGAAAAUAUUGUAAUUUCCCCUUUCAAAAAUUGUAUGGCGCUGAUUUCUAUUGUUUGUUUUUUAAAAUAUAUUAUACGAAGUGUGUAUAUAUCUGCAAGGCUAGGUUAAAAAAAAUAUACAUUGAAAGGAAAAGAUAAAACAGCAGUAACUAUCAGCUUUUUCUGCGUUUAACUUAAUGGUUAUUUGUUCUAUUUAGGGGUAUCAUUUUUUUAAAUAUACAUGUACUGGAAUAUAAAUAUCAGCAUUUGUUUAAAAAUAAUACAUAAAAAAAUUAACUUAAUAUGUAUUAAAGUUGCAUAUUUUUUUUCUAAUAUAUGUUGAGGAGGAUUCGGCUUUUUAACACAUUGACUGCCUGGUCGGCCUGUGCUGGAUUUAUUCAAAGGUUUAAAGUGACAAGAGUCAAAAAAGCGUAGUCAGCGUGUUAAUAAAAUAUAUUUGACUUUUGAUCCUCUGUAAAUUCAAACUUCAAAUGUUUAUAAACGUCUAAAUUGUCCUUUUUUGUCCAAAGCAAACGAUGAUUGCACAAAAUAAUUUUUUUGUAUAGAAUCAACAUUGAACAUUUUUUUAUUAUAAGUUUUGUUUGUACUUUCUUUGUGUAUGUGUAUACCGGUGUUUUUCUUAUUCAACUCUUAUUGCAUGUUAUGACAUAGAUAGUUUGGAACAGCACCACUGAAAAUCUGCCGUUUUUAUCGCAUUCACUACGGUAUCUGAAUUUUUUUUUAAACUAAAACAUGCCAUACUUAACUGGUAUUUUUUUAAUGUUUGAAACCGAUCAAAUCUAAAGACUUUUGUAAAUUAGAAUGGUGCAGAUCCAUUUUAACCGGUGUCAGUCGAGCACACGAGUUUUAAAAUAUUCAACUUACCUGGAAUCACAAAACACUGAUGUGAAAUAAUUUAUUCAAAAAUAUUAUUAAAAAAAAGUCCUGAUUAUACAUUUAAAAAUAAUCCUUAGAAAGCACCAAUCCAGGACUUGUGAAAAUAUUCCAAUCAUUUGAUCAGAACGAUUUUACAGACUAAAAACUACAUUU